AUAGUUUAGUGCUUUUUAUCGCCACUGCCGCGUGUGCCGCUGUUCAAUUGUUUCGCACCGUUCGGGCGAGGUGGUCGUGCUUUUUCGUUCCUCCCGAACAACUUAUACAAACUGCUGCUAUCUGUUGAACAUUGCCAUUUCUUUAACUCCAAAUUUCUCGGAGGGCACUGUGCGUGGUACAAAAAUCCAACGAACUGACACUGGUUUUAUCUUUGGUUUUUCCAGUCCAAGUCGGAACGAUCGAUCCCAUGGAUAUGAUUCAAAAGUGAUAUUUAGCUGUUGAAGUUAUUUGUUCUAAGUGUGUUGUGUUCAUCAGGUUGCUGACUCGAGUGAUUUCGGAGGUUUUUGCCAAGCAAGCCCAAAAUCAAUGGACCAAGUUCUGUGCUAGUUUGAUUGUUUUUUUUUCGGAAGUAAAAAUAGUUGGUGAAAAUAAAGCCCAGAAGGGUAGUUGAAAGUCAUGUUUCUUGACACGUAUCUAUUGAGUGUGGUGCGGCAGGAGAUUCUGGAUGUGUCCAAUGUGCGCAGUACGCUGCUGGUGUUCUGUUGCACCCUGACAAGCGUGAUCUUUCUGCAGUGGUUGGUGCGAAUGGUGUGGCAGUUCCGGAGUCUGCCACCGGGACCCUGGGGUGUCCCGAUCUUUGGCUAUCUGACUUUCAUUGGGCAUGAGAAACAUACCCAGUACAUGAAGCUGGCCCGCAAGUACGGGUCGCUGUUCUGUGCCAAGCUCGGCGCUCAGCUAACGGUCGUUAUCAGUGAUUACAAGAUCAUCCGGGAAGCCUUCAAGACGGAGGAUUUCACCGGACGGCCGGUUUCGCCGUUGCUCAAAACUCUCGGUGGAUAUGGUAUAAUCAACAGUGAAGGUCAACUGUGGAAGGAUCAACGACGAUUUUUGCACGAGAAGCUGCGCCACUUCGGGAUGACAGUGCUCGGCAAUCGACAAAAGCUCAUGGAAAACCGUAUCAUGACCGAAGUUGGGGAGCUGCUUACUGCGUUAAAUGAAGUGAGCCAUCAAUCGACGGACUUGAGCAAAUAUCUGUCCGUAUCUGUGAGCAACGUGAUAUGCAACAUCAUCAUGUCGGUUCGGUUUUCGCUGGACGAUGCCAAGUUCAAACGGUUCAACUGGCUCAUCGAGGAAGGUAUGCGGCUGUUCGGCGAAAUACACACCAUUGAUUACAUCCCGCAAAUCCAGUAUCUGCCCGGAAACAUCAACGCCAAAAACAAGAUCGCCAAAAAUCGUCAGGAAAUGUUCGACUUUUACCGUGAGGUAAUCGACGAGCAUAAGAAGACUUUCGACUCCAGCAAUAUCCGAGACAUCGUAGACGCGUACCUGGACGAAAUCCAGAAGGCCCAGGCUGAAGGCCGCGAUGCUGAACUCUUCGAGGGAAAAGAUCACGAAAUUCAAAUGAUGCAGGUAAUCUCCGAUCUGUUCUCGGCCGGUAUGGAGACCAUCAAGACUACUCUGCUCUGGUUGAACGUGUUCAUGUUGCGCCACCCGGAUGCCAUGAAGCGAGUCCAGGACGAGCUCGAUCAGGUCGUCGGCCGCAACCGUUUGCCGAAAAUCGAGGAUGUGCCGUAUCUGCCGAUCACCGAAACCACCAUCCUCGAGGUGAUGCGUAUCUCCAGCAUCGUGCCCCUCGCAACCACUCAUUCUCCAAAAAGUGACGUUAUGAUCAAUGGUUAUACAAUCCCGGCCGGUUCCUACGUGGUGCCGCUGAUUAACAGCGUUCACAUGGACCCCACCCUAUGGGACAGCCCUGAAGAGUUCAACCCAAGCCGAUUCCUGAAUGCCGAAGGUAAAGUACAGAAACCCGAAUACUUCAUUCCGUUUGGUGUGGGACGCCGACGCUGUCUGGGCGAUGUACUGGCCCGCAUGGAACUGUUCCUCUUCUUUUCUUCGAUCAUGCACACCUUCACAAUCGAACUUCCGGAAGACGAGCCAAUGCCCGGCCUAAAAGGUAUCAUCGGGGUCACAAUCAGCCCCCAGGCCUUCCGGGUAAAGCUUGUUCCGAGGCCAUUGAACACAUCGGCCGAACAAGACAGGACGCGGAACGUUGGCUGCUACUGAAGACGGACCUGACUUAUCACAUACGCACAGAGCACGGUAUGUUCCUAUGCUGAAACAACAGCGACAGUAUGAGACAAAUUGUUGGAAAUAACGAGCUUCCCACUCCGUUCGAUUCUCGGACUGAUGGAAGAUGAUACUUUUAUCGCGUGCCUGCAUCCAAUUCGAUAGUACACUAGCUAGUCACCACACCGUUUCAAUUAAUUUUCGGAACAUAAUAACGGAUCAAUCAAUCAUUGUUCUGAAACUAUUGAAAGUUGAUUUUAGACCCAAGCAAACGUUGUUUAGAACAAGAUUUAAAAAACAAAACAAAAAACGAAGAAUCAGAAUUAACGCAUUUUUAACGCAUUUUAAUACGACCGUAAGUGUUGUAUUAAGUAAACAAAUUAUCAGUUCUAAUGGAACAAAUGGAAAUAGCAUUGCGUACUUUUUUGUAUGGGCGAAUUUUCUCAAAUGUACAAAUCGGCUUUGAAGCCGACGGCGCGAGAAGACGAAGGAGUUCCAUCACAGCAGAACUUCGCUGAGAUCUGCACAGUAGUUUAGCAGGAACGUUGAAGCGAAAGAGGAGACACGUCAAAGUGAAUGAUAAACAAAGAAAGAAAAAAACAAAACACUAGCAUUACACAACCAUAUUGCUGUCCCGGAUCGGCAGCAGUGAUACAAGUUGUUGUUUGUUAACUAGCAAUUAAGUUCAACACGAUCGAUGCCUCCCCAAAUAUUAUGUGUUCAGCUAAUUAUAGAAAAAAAAAAACUAAAAGUAAAGCAAAACACUACAGAUACACGAAGAAGCCACAAAACAAAACAUGGAAUUGCAUAUUUAUUACUUUUUUUUAAUCUGUACAUCGCAACUAUCUAUUGUACAUUUAGGAAUUCCUUAGACACACUAGGCGUGACAAAACAAAGUAUUUUAAUUAGUAACCGAUAAACAACCGUAAAUGUGACAACAAACAGGGUGGAACGUAGGAGUACGUAGAACCGAUGCGAGGGAACCCAAUCGAGGGAUCUCUCUCUCAUCGUUUGUUUUGAAUGAAUUUUAUAAAUUUUUUAAACAUUAUCAAACAAAUGGUUUUAGCUGAUCAAUCAAUCAAACACGCAAACAAAGUGUUGUUGGUUGCAUUCCACGUAACAAUUGUAGUAAGAUCGCAGUAGGCAUUAGCACAAAGCAAACAAAUUUUGUUAUUUUAAAACUUAAUAAAUUGAAUUAGUCAUAGGUAGGUAGAAGUGUGAUCGGUUAAGCGUUAUCACAAAAUGCGGAAAAAGAAAGCGUUGCGUUCGAUUUUUAAAUAUUUUCUUUUUUUUCUUCUGCUGUUGUUGAUCGAACAAAUAGUGAUUGUAAAAGUGCCAAUUUCGAUAUUUCGUUGUGCAAACACAAUGCAACGAAACGAAACCGGUCGAACGCAGCCGGUGGAAAAUGGAGUGAAAGAGAGCAGUUGAAAACAGAAAGACAGAAACGGACACACGUUCGUCUUUUCUCGUCUUGUCCCGUCUGUUGUGUGCGAAUUUCCAAGUUACGACGAAUGUUAAUUGCUAAUUGAAAUAGCACCUCCUUCCCGAGAUAGGUGGAUGAAUCGAGUAAAAGUGUUAGUAUUAGCAAUAGAAGUAGCAGUAGCAAUAAAACAUGUAGCACAAAAUGUGUGUUACGUGACUAUUUAUACUUUACAACUGUUUUAUUAAAAGUGUUAGCUUUCCUCUUAGCGGUUGACAGCGAGUUGAGAUUGAGUCAAUAUUUGAGUAUUGGUUUUACACACGUCUGAUUGUUCGUUUCGAAGCAGAAAUAAACUAUUUUAUUUACGUAA